AUGUCAACCGAUGUAUCUGCUUUAAUUAAUCCCCCGGAAAUAAGUAAUCAAAAGGUUUUUCCUGAUCAAUCUGAAGAUGUAUUUUGGCAAAAGGCAUCCGAUGCUAACGAAGAAACUCGUGAUAAUGAUGUUAUAUGGAAUCCGCAAAAACAUGAACAGCCACAACAAGAACAUUGCAACUUUGUAAUAACACCACCGCCCCCACUUCCAUCAGCAAAUAUUAUGUCUAGACAUUCCCGAAAAAGUAGCAGAAUAUCAUGGGGAUUACAAACUGAUUUUGAAAGACAUAUUGGGUUAUUAGAGUCAAAAUUGACAGAAAUCGUAUCUCAAGGCAAUAAACAUGUUGACAAAUCUGUAGGAUUUGAAG